AUGUCAAUCUCAAUAUGUUCAAGCUGUCGAGCAGCCUUCCGGCAAGCGAUUCGAUCUCGGCCGCACUCUUCUAUUCGAAGUUACUCCCAGCCCACCGACAUUGCGGCCCUCCUUUCCAAACCCACAUGGUCUGUCCGCUCUCUCCUUCCAGACCCAAGCUCCGUAUCGACCGACGAGAUCACACCCAAGCAACUUCAUCACCUCCUCCGUCUCUCCGCGCUCCCUCUACCCAAAUCUCCCGAAGAAGAGGCUGAAAUGCUGAAAACGCUGCAUUCACAACUACAUUUUGUGAAAGAUAUCCAGAAGGUGGACACGGAGGGCGUAGAGCCAUUACAAAGUAUCAGAGACGAAACCGAGGAGGGCGUGAAGGCUGCUACAAUUGGAUUGGCGGAGAUGGCGCGGGCAUUGAAGAAGGAGGACAUCACAGGUAGAAGUCGGAGGCCGCGACGGAGAAGGGACGAGGUCUUAAAUAGAGAGCCCUACGAGGAUUGGGAUGUGAUGGGCACCGCAAGUGAAAAGGUGGAAACACCCGGGGGGAGCUUUUUUGUCGUUAGAAGCGGCAAGGAGAACGAGAAACUUCCAUAA